AUGGCUAAGAAAACCAAGAAAUUGCUUACAGAUCAUUAUCUGAGGUUAAUGGACUGGCUAUCAAAUAGCCCUGACCUCAAUCCUAUAGAAAAAGUAGCUAGAGAUGGAAGUGAAGAUUAUUUAUUAUUUGAUUAUAAUUCUUUAUCUAAAAAAAAGAAUAAUAAAAAGAAUGAAGAAAAUAAUAUUUACCAUGAAGAUGAAAUAGAAAAUGAUGAAUCUAAUAAUGAAUCUGAAAAUGAUUUACCAUUAAAUGACUUAGAAUUUAAUAAAUAUGAUGAAGAGGAAUUGCCAAAUUAUGAAAAUGUUUGGAAUUAA